GUUUCUGCUGUUUCCGAAAAGAAUUGCGAAACGGCAAAACAAGCCAAACUGAGAAAAGACGACAAGGACUCUACUGGUUCGACUGCGCAACCCAUCAAAUCUCAGACCAGCUCUUCGUCCGAUACCACCACCACCAGCACAACAUCCGAUUCAUUCCACAAUAAACAAUACCCGCCUGAAUACAUACAAUAUCUAGGUAAGUUACCUUGGAGACCAUCAUGAAAGUCGGAAGUGUAACCCUCCUUUUUUUUAAAAAAAAAAUAGAAUAUUUAGCAAACCCCACCGCUGCCGCUAGACCCCCACCGCUAACAAGACAAAAAAGAUAUAGUAUGUGUAGGAAUUUUGUGAAGCACAAGGGAAAAGAUCUUGAAAAGAAACUGUUUGUGCCUUCUUACUACGCAAGUUCGAAAACCUCAGACAGUUCGGAAGAUACGAAUGAAAGUAAAAAGUCAGACACGUCUUCUAAGGUCAGUGAGUGUUUAGACAAGUCUACUACUGAGACUAAGGAUAUCAUCUCGACCGACCUUAAAAAACCCUUUUUGUCUACCUCUACCAGCACAUCAGUGUCGGGGAGCAUUACGGCUGUUGAGGAGGAAUCUGAAUUCUCGAUAGGACAAACAAUUGUCAAAAGCAUCGACAGAGACUCUAGUAGUGAUUCUAGCAAUGGAAAAGAAACUGAUGAUUCUGAGGAAGAGAAUCAAGAUUUUGAUUUUAAAAAAAAGUCUUAAAAUAAAUAUCAUCUUAUAGAAGUCUUUAUUGCCCAUGCAAACAACGCCCGCCGCAGCAUAAUUUUUAUCUGUUUGCAGGAAAAUAAACAUUGGCCCGAUCAUUUUUUAAAGCCCAAUCCUUU